AUGAAAUCACAUUCCCAUGGUCGUUUUGGCAAAGAAGACGAUAAGUGGGGAUUCAAUCAAACCUCCACCAUACGCAUUACGGGCCGACAUACCAUCAAUAUUUGGCGCGCUAUGCGUGGGGAACUGAAUCUACUGCAGUAUACCAUGGAGAACGUUGUCUUCCAUCUCUUGCAUCGUCGGAUUAGAUAUACUGUUGAGUCGCAGCUGCAGCGAAAGUGUCAACAAUAA